AUAAAGUAGUUUUUGUUUCAUUCUUACUGUAAAAUAAUGCAAAAAAUUGUAUUCACUUUAUUUAUAGCGGCUGUUAGUGCAGCCCCUUAUAGGACAGGAACCCCUAUCCCGGGCUAUCACUGCCCUCAGGAGGACAUCGACCGGACCGGGUGUCGGGGCCCGAAGGACUGUCUCUAUCCCAACCCCCGGGACUGUCAUUCAUUCAUUCAGUGCAAUGACGCGGGACUGGCGUAUGAGGUGCCCUGCGCUCCCAUUCAACUCGUUUACAACGACAGCCUUAAACAGUGUGACUGGGAGUCAACCACUCCGUGCAGAGUGUCAACACCUCUACCAUCUCUCCCGACAACUCUAGACCCGUCAACGGCCGCACCGACAACUCAGGCACCAGUAGAGCCCUCUACUGCCAAACCGACAACUGAAGCACCGGUAGAGCCUUCAACGGCUGAACCAACUACUGAAACACCGGUAGAACCCUCUACUGCUGAACCCACAACUGAAACACCGAUAGAGCCCUCAACGGCCGAACCGACAACUAAAACACCGGUAGAGCCAUCAACGGCAGAACCGACAACUGAAGCACCGAUAGAGCCUUCAACGGCCGAACCGACAACUGAAGCACCGGUAGAGCCUUCAACGGCCGAACCGACAACUGAAGCACCGGUAGAGCCCUCUACUGCCAAACCGACAACCAAAGUACCAGUAGAGCCUUCAACGGCCGAACCAACUACUGAAACACCG